CUCGAACAAUAUUUGAUUAAAUGGAAACAUAACAACCCAUCACAAGCUGUACUGUCGUGGCACAAUGUCGAUGAUCUGGCUCCAAUUGCCGACUCGCUCCAAGCGUAUAUCAACAACUUCAUUUCAAGCAUCAAGUCUGGAUACGGCAAUGCUUCACUGAAACUGCCUUCUGAAGUCUCAUCACUUAAGCGAAAGAGUCCACACGAUGAGGAGACUCCCAGUCGAGCAUCGUCACUUGACACUUCCACAUCUGCUUCCUCGACGAUUCCAUCUCAAAGCCUCGAGGUUUGGAACGGUGUCUUACUUAAAAAGUCAGGAGACAUCUACCCUCACUCUUUGACAUCUGGAAACGUUAAAAUUAUCGACGCUACCACGGUCCCCACACCAGAAAUGCUCUUCGCUGCCAAAACUUACCUUGCUGAUGGGGUCAAGCAAGGCCGCAAGUUCCUUCGUAGGCAGUUCCUGGAACAACUGGCCUGUAUCCCUGGUCCUCCUGUUACUUUUGUUAAUGAGAUAAACAAGGAGACACCAUCUCUCAGCUUCAAGUACAUCCAGGACUACGUCCUUGGUGAAGGCGUAUCAAGAGAUGACGCAGACGCAGUAAAGAUGGGAUGCAAGAGAUGCCGUCCUGAUAUGGGCGGUAAUCGUGGAUGCGAAUACACCGCCAAAUGCGACUGCCUGGAGUUUGCCGUUCCUGAUCUUAAUCGUUGCAAGGACGAUGGACAGAGAGAGCAAUACGAAGCAUGGGAGAGAGGUGAGGAAGACUCUGACGGUCUACCCAAGCGUNNUUUCCCCUACAGAAUCGACCCCAUCAACAAGAUGUUUGUGCUCGAUUCAUUCUACCUGGAAAGCAGAAACCCAAUCUACGAGUGCAACGAACUCUGCAACUGCGGCAAGAACUGCAAGAACAGAUUGGUUCAGAAAGGCAGGACGGUUCCUCUCCAAAUCUUCAGAACCACAAAGCGAGGUUUCGGCCUUCGCUGUCCUGUCGACCUCAAACGUGGUCAACAUAUCGACCGAUACCUCGGUGAGCUCAUCACAGACGCUGAGGCCAGCGCUCGGGAAGAAUCUGGCGUAUUUGAUAAAGCUUCUUACUUGUUCACUCUCGACAAGUACGUUGAAGACGAUGACCAGCCAGGGCUUCGCAGAAGCGAAUGCUACAUCGCCGACGGAGAGAAAAUGGGAGGACCUACGCGCUUUAUCAAUCACAGUUGUGAUCCGAAUUGCCGUCUGUUCACCGUCAGCUACAACAGAUUUGAUCGACGAAUUUACGACCUGGCCUUCUUUGCGUUGGAGAACAUCCCUGCUGGCACAGAGCUGACUUUCGAUUACAACGAUGUCGAGGAAAGAGAAGCUGGUCAAGCUACCGACGGUGGCGAAGGCAAUGCUUUCGUGAAGUGUUGCUGUGGAGCAGAGAAUUGCAGAGGGAAGUUAUGGAUGUGA